AUGGAGAUGUUUAAAAAACUGGAGAUUACCAUUCCUUUAUCUGAAGCAUUGCAACAGAUGCCAUUCUAUGCUAAAUUUUUGAGGGAACUCCUUACAAAGAAAAGAAAAUACAUUGAGAAGGAGACCAUUGAAGUGCAAGGUAACUACAGUGCAAUCAUACAACAAUUACCUCCUAAGUUUAAAGAUCCAGGGAGCUUCACUAUUCCAUGCACCUUAGGAGAGUUGGAAGUUGGAAGGGCGUUGAUUGAUUUGGGAGCUAGCAUUAAUUUAAUGUCGCUUUCUAUGUUCAAAAGAAUUGAGGGUUUGGAACUCAAACCCACUAGAAUGGUUCUUCAAUUGGCAGACAAGUCUCUUAAAUAUUUGUAUGGGGUAGUUGAAGAUGUGCUGGUAAAGGUUGACAAAUUCGUAUUCCCAGUGGAUUUUGUUAUAAUGAAGAUGGAGGAGAAUGAAGAUGUGCUUCUCAUUCUUGGGAGACCAUUUAUGAAGACUGCUAGAGUUUUAAUUGAUGUUGAGAAUGGUAAGCUUAAAGUGAGAGUUCAAGAUGAAGAAGUGAAUUUUGAUGUAUUCAAAGCCAUGACACAUCCUAAAGAUGAUAAAGCAUGUUUUCAACUUGAUAUACUUGAUGAAGUUUUUAUGGUUCAAGAAAUGAUGGUAUGUUAUUCUUCUCCAUUAGAGAAAACUCUUAUUGAUGCUUGUGAAGACUUCAAUGAAGAAGAAGAGAAAUUAAUUGAUGAAUGUAUGACGGAUUUGGAGACAUUGAAGGAGAUUCCAGCGAAGGAUGCUAAGUUUGAGACAAUUGAUACCAAAUAA